AUGUUAGAGGCACCAUAUCAUGUUCCUUUAAAGGUUAAGUCAUUAAAUGAUGGCAAUGAUGAUGGUGGUGAUGUUGAUGAUGAUGAUGAUGAGAAUAAGGAUGAUGAUGAUAGUAAUUGUGAUGUUUGUAAUGAUGAUGAUGAGGAUGAGAAAGAUGAUGAUGAUUAUGAUGAGGACGAGGAUGAUGAGGAGGAAAAAAAUGAGAGAUAUAUUGGAGACGAUAUUGAUGAUGAUGAGGAAGAUCUUGAUAAUGAUAAUGAUGACAAUGAAAAUCAUAAUGAUGAAAAUGAUGGUAAUGGUCGUGGUGAUGAUGAUGAUGAGGAGGAGGAGGAGGAAGAGGAGGAGGAUGAGGAUAAGGAUAAGGAUAAGGACAAGGAUGAUGAGGAAAAAACAUGA